AUGGAAAUGGCACAACAACGGCGAGGAACCUCGCGCACGACGCGCACGACACGCUCGCUUAUGGCAGCCGCCAGCGACAGUGACCGUGCAAUGGGCAGAGUCUCACCGCACGCUUAUUUCUCUGGACGCGUCUCACCGCCGAGCAGUAAUGUCCUGACGAAGGCCCACAUCCUUGACGCUAUCGCCCGUUCAAAUGACGAUGGCUGCACGCUCGAUCUCAGCAACAAGAACCUUGUCGAUGUCGGUGAAUCUGGUGCGGAGGAGCUUGCUCAGGUCGGGAAGGGGGACGACCUGCUGGACGAUUGCCGAAUACUCAGGAUUGCACUUGUGGGAAACUAUCUAUCCUCCUUGCCCAUGUCUUUUGCGCGCCUUACGCGUCUGCGAUACCUCACCCUCCGAUCCAACAACUUCUCCGUUUUCCCCGAAGUGUUGACCACUAUGCCAUCGCUGGAGAUCCUCGACUUCAGCAGAAACAAGAUCAGGGGCUUGCCGACUAACCCAGGCACGCUCGUUAAUCUUCGCGUCAUGUCCAUAAGUCGAAAUAAAGUCCGAAGAUUACCCUCGUACCUCUGGAAGUUUAAGGAUCUCACUGUGGUCAAAGCUGAUCAUAAUCCAAUAGAAUGGCCUCCACAAGAAGUGAUGGAACCUGAGGAAGACCUAGAGGACGGAGACGUGAUGCAUCGUUGGGUAGAAUCACUGAAAUCUUGGAUUAAGGAAAAUACCUCAGACGACGAAAGGGUUCUUACGCCCCCGUCAGAGCCGCAGGCGGAGGACUUACCUGCUGCGGAGAUCUCAGAACAUUCCCGCUCUGCGUCCAUCGAAUCCACGCGUUCAAUUUAUUCGACGACUUCUUUCGACGACUCUGUCAAAGGCAGCAAGUCUCAUAGUCCAUCGACUAUAGACACGGCAGACAUCUCCCCAUCAAUUGCAGAAGGGAUAUCAACCUCUCCGGAAUCUUAUUUGCCGACGCCCGAAGACUCACUACCCUCCGUCGACGAUGACACGGCACGUCCGAAUCACAAUGCUCAUGGCAGGAAUAAGUCAUAUGCAUCUAGCAAUGAGACUCGUACUCGUAGCCUUUCCGUGCAAAAAAGUCUCCCUGAUCUACGACAAGCAAAGGGACGAGGGCCAGUCGCGUCGAGGAUUCGAACCAGAACACCUUCAAUCGAAGCUUUGAAAAAGGUGCCGAAUGAGACAUUUUCGUCGAUGGGUGAGAGCUCGACGUCGGGCCUCGAAACAACCUCUCGACCCAGACCACCACGAGGGCCUCGACACGAACCAUUACCCUCGAUAUCGGAACGCAAACCUCCAUCAAUGGACUUCGAACGCAACUCAUAUUUCCGCCGGCUCUCCACCCUGCCGUCUUCAACCAUUUCGAGGACAACCCCACCCGCCAUCCUCACCGUUGUUGAUGCUGCUCGGAGCAUCCUCUUUGCAGUGACACAAGUGUACCAAAGUCUACAACAUUAUACAGUACACUGCAUCGAUGAUCGACUUGCUGCAGUGCUGAUGAAGGUUCUGGAUCCCGCGAGCUCGUGUUUGAUGCAGUUGAUUAACGCGCUCGACAACUUCGAUGCGAGAAGUAGACGCGGGUGUCCACCGCCUUCUGUAUGCCGGAGUGUCAUUGAAAGUUGCAGAGAUAAUGUGGCAAUGUUUGGAAAGGCCGUUGGUGUUCUGGCUAUGCAGUUGAAGGUUCUUGCGUCUCGUGAUGAUGUACGAUAUUCUCGACAAAUGCUUUUGGUGAUAUAUGGUGCGACAGCAGAAAUAUCCAAUUCAUGGCAAGGUAUUGCCCCACAACUGGAUUCGAUCGAGCCGUUAUUACGUGACGAUCGACCAUCACCACUCUCGAACACAGGAAUGACCACCCCGGCUCCGACUCCGCCAAGAGCGCCUCCGCACAAGUCACAGCUGGCUUCUCAGGCACCAAGCCGGGUAUUGAUACCCCCAAUAGCCGAACAACCAGAACCUCCUCUAGCUCCAGAACCUCCGGGAUUCACCCGCCCAGCUGGACUCGCCCGUACGCAUUCUGCACAACCAGAUCUACAGCACCAAUCGUCGACGAUCCCUAUGAAGCGACCAACUCAGUCUGAGGGUCGUUCACGAAUGAGUCGGCGACAUGCGGGCUCAUUCAGUGUCGAGGACUUGGAAAUUGGACGUUCUCUACCUUCUAACACCGAGUUGUCUCCUCCAGCUAGGGGAGUUGCUAGUGGGUCAAGUACGCCAACGCCUCGUCCUCAUACCGCUUCGUUACGAAACAUGCCUUCAACUGGAAGUCCUAUACCUCCAUUACCGAAUCAUAGUCCUAUACCUCCUCAACCAUCGCCCGAUUUACACUCUCGACAGAAUUCGGCGCAAAAUUCCGCUGCUAAUACACCGCAGCUCCUAUCGUCGGGGCUGCCUAGGGGCGUCACAGACGCUUCCGUAAACUCGAACGCACUGGUUGAUAAGGAAGCUAUAGAAGCGAUGGCGGCUGCUGUUCAAGCAGCACCAGCAGUGUGGUCCAUACUCGAGGAGAUUUCGAAUGAAAUGACUGGCAUGCCAGUGGAUGUGCAUAGUAGCCUAAUGAAGGCACAAGCGGUGACGCGUAGGCUUAGUGACAACAUAAGAGCCAUUCAGGAGGGGCAUUUGAAUGCCGACCGCAAGGCGCUCCGCGAGGACGCACACGUGUUCAUCAAAACUGUCAUCACCUUAUCUAAACUAGCGAAAGACUACUACACUGCCCAUGGGCUUUCUGGGCAACUGCGGGGUGAUAUUGCGAAGCUGACGAACGCGACGCAGAGUUUCGUCAUGCUACUGCAUGUAUCGUCCUUCGCACCAUCAACUCCGCGUCCGUAUUCGCCUAUGGUUGAGCGUAAUCAGAAUCAGAAUGUGAACGGCUCUGGUGUGGGCAAUAGCGCUACGUCACAACAAUCGCAACAAUCACCUGUCGUAGGAGGUCUUACCGUUACUACAGUGCCAGAAGAGCGGCCGCAGCUGGGUGUUCCGGGAGCAGGUUUGGGACGUAGUAGGAGUGCACAACCUUCAGCAAGCUCCAAACUCGUUCCAUCUAGCUCACAAAACCCGGCACCACGUAGUGCUCAACCGCAUCAACAGAAUUUCAAAGUACCCACCACUCCACGACCAAACGGUACUUCAAAACUUCGAAAUGGCGAAGCCGUUUCGACGACGACGACAAUAAUAACAACAACAACAGAAGGCGGUCUGUCAGUAGACGGACACAGUCAAGUAAAUGGUUCAUAGUCUCGCAGUUCUCUUACUUAGUUAAAUUAGACGCACUUGACGAUCUUGAUGAUCUCAAUCACGGUUCCUUUCUUUCUCCGUCUUCACGCCCACUCAAACUCUCUCGUUCCUCCACGUCUCUUUUCUUUAUCUCGGUUUUGCUGUGUAAUCGUAUCAAGAUCGUAUCGUAUCAUUGCACUCGUGGUUCGCGUUCAUUACAGAUAUUUAAUGUAUCAGUGCUAUUCUAUUUUU